GUCCGCCGUGAUAUUUUUGCCCCAAUCCGCUCCGCCUCGUGUCGGCCGAACCUUCUCCUCCGACAGCCGCCCAUGCCCGCGCUGCCCGCCCGUUGCUCCAUCGGGAAAGGGCGAUCUCUGAACCGCAUCAAGCGCGAAAGGGCGGAGGAAGGCCCUUGACCAGGGAGCUCACGAUGGCGAAGAGGACGCGGAUGGAGCUCGCCGCCGUAACACUGGCGCCGGCAUCGUAUUCUCCAUCCGUAUCCUCUUCGACGAUUCAUAGCCUCGACGAUGGCUGCCUCACGCACGUUUUCAGCUUCCUCAUGCCUAUCCCAGAUCGUUAUAGCAUUGCCCUUGUUUGCCACAGAUGGCGCUACUUGGCAUGCCAUCCCCGAUUAUGGUUGCGCGUGGAAAGGUCUACUAAAAACACAAGUGAGCCUGGAGUUUUUCCAAAUCUUCAGGAUGCAAUUUCUGCUGCAAGACCUGGUGAUACCAUUCUUAUUUCUCCUUGUCGAGAUCACAUUGCGUGUAAUAUUCAGAUCAAAAAGCCUCUUUGCCUGAUUGGUGGAGGCGAACUCCCAGAUGACACUGUACUGACCUGUUCUCGGGGCUCGGAAAGCGCAUUGGAGUUCCUUUCCACAUGCAAGAUAACAAAUUUGACAAUCCGGACCGAGUUAGGAUAUUGCCUACUGCACCGCAGUGGGAGGUUAACAAUUGAAGGAUGCAUUCUUCAGUGUGAGGAGAAUCCUUUAGAUUACCUCUCCUUUCCGAUAAUUAGCACAGCCACCGUACCCAAUGCAUUUCGACAAUCACUGAAGGAACAUGGCAGUGACAGCAUCACUGUUGCUCAGACGAGAAUAGAAGGCGGUGCCAAGGCUGUUUUCACCAGUGGUAAUCUGACAUUACAGCGUGUGCGGGCUAUUUAUAUGCGAACUUGCAUCUUUUUCUGGUUCGAAGUUGGGGAGCAGGAGCUAUAAGCACUUUCAUACCGGGCUUCUGGUACGUGUUCAUUCUUGUUAGGAUCGGAUCAAAUAUUAAAAUUCUGGAAGACCAUUGCACUAACAGUUCCCAGUUGUUAUAGAUCGGCUGUAAAAUAUUUAUCUGAAAAUUCUCUGACUUCAUAGUUCACAUCCUUGUUUAGAUCGCUAGAAAAUAGCGGUGUGUAGUUUCAAUUGCGAUAAGAUUAUGUUUGAACAUUGGAACAAGAUAAAUUAUGUUUCAAUUGCAAAAUUCAUUUUUUUUUUA